UAUAAAUCGAAAAUAGAACAGUUUCGAAUAGCCGUGUAUUUAUAACUCCGCCGACAGAGCGCUGCGAUCUCGUCCACAAAAUCAGGGUCCAAAAUGUCUCGUAUAUACGAAGAAAUAGACCCGUCAUACGCCGUGGCCUGCAGCGAUGUCACUCUCUGCUCCAACUCCAAAGGUUUCUUUAAGAGUCUAGGCGAGGAACUGGUGUCAUUAGCUGAUGCUGCGUGGCUGGACAGCUUCGAGAAAAUCGAAGAUGGGAAGAAGGUCUCUGCUGUACUUGAGAAUAAGGAUGUCAUGGACGCCCUCACAGAUGUGUUGUCCAGGAUCCAGCCUCUCCACAGAGGGAAGGACGCGAGGGUAUCUUCGGAAAGGAGGCUUGCAGCCCAAGCCGCCUUGAAGGAAGGGGAUCUCAAUAAAGCACUGGCUUUGGCGAGCCAGGCAGUCCUCAGAGCGCCGCUUACAGGUGAAGAGGAGGUGAUAGAGGGGGGCGUGUCCCUGGCUCUUGGGUUGUGGGUGCGGUCAGAGGUGCUGCUACAGGCCGGGCGGCCGCAAGCUGCCCUGGAAGACCUAAAGUUGGCUCUCAAAGAACGGCUGCCUGCUAAGAUGAGAGCUCAGUAUUAUUGGCGCAUGGGACAUUGUUACAAAGGUGCUGGAGAGCCGACGAGAGCUAAAGUGUCGUACGAGCUAGCUGGCAGGUUGCUCGGCAACAACGAGACAGCUAAAGCUGAGCUGGCGGCCGAUAUAGAAGCCCUGGACUACACUGCACUAUCCAAGCGGCCGCCUGACAAGACCGGUAUAUCCUUAACCGGAGGAGCAAAACAAAAUAUGCCAUCGCUGUCCAAAUUGUUGAAAAUCGUCGAAGAGGAAAACAAGGGUCGUUUCGCAGUGGCUAACUCUCCAAUAAAAACCGGAGAUGUUCUUCUGGUGGACAGUCCAUACGCCGCCUGUCUUCUACCAGACUACUACGGAUCCCACUGUCUGCAUUGUUUCAAAAGAUUAGAAGAUUGUGUUGACAUGGCAGCAGUGUGGUGCCCCAAGUGCUCCGGGGUGGUGUUCUGCAGCUUGCAGUGCCGCGACACGGCGGUCUCUACCUACCACGCUCAUGAAUGCCAGUUCCUUAAUCUGUUUAUUGGUUCUGGUAUGUCAAUUCUCAGCCACAUAGCUCUCAGAAUGGUCACGCAAGCCGGGCUCGAUACAAGUUUAUCCAUCCACUCCAAAUACAUAUCAUGUGAAGUCAAAACAGUUGAAGGAGCCGUCCUCAACGAUAUCGAGGGAGUAGCUAAAAAGUCAAAAAUGAAAAGCCGAAAAGAAAGACUGAAUCGGGCGAAGAAAGGUCACAAAACUUUAGCAGAGAAGAAUAUCAAAGAAGAAGAAAUUGAAGAGAAGGUAGAAGAUAAAAUGAAUUUUGAGGAAAAAUUGGAGUUGAAGGCCGCACAGAUAUAUUCGCUGUGCACGCAUUCAGAACAGAGAAGAGGAGGAGACUAUCUAAAGAGGAUAGUCAUGGCAAUGUUCCUCACAGAAUGUUUAAAGAAGGGAGGUUUCUUCAAGAACUGUGCGAAGGACAAUCUUGCUAAAGCACACACUGCAAUCUGCGAAUUGAUAACCCGGAACCUGCAAAUGCUGCAAUUCAACGCGCAUGAGAUUUACGAAACGGUCCGCGGGCAGCACAUGUUCAGCGGCUCAAAGCCGGUGUAUGUGGCCGUGGGAAUCUACUCUACUGGCGCACUCUUCAACCACGAGUGCUCUCCAGCUGUUACCAGAUACUUCGAAGGUCGCAACAUAGUACUCCGCGCGACACGUCCCCUCUCCCCCGGAGAAGUUGUCUCAGAGAACUACGGCCCUCACUUCAUGAUGCGAGGGCUGAGGGAACGGCAGAGGGCGCUCGCAUGCCGUUAUUGGUUCCGUUGCGAAUGCCUACCUUGCAAAGAGGACUGGCCUACCAUGAAGCAGAUGACUAUUGAAACGCUGCCGUAUUUGAGGUGUGCCAACAUGUCCUGUUCGUUCAAGUUCAGGCCAAACUUCCAGGCCUUGCCUAGCAGAUGCCAGACGUGCUCCACACCUGUUGACAAAGAGCUGGUCAAGAUCAACUUAGAAACCGUCAACAGGUGCAUCGAUCAGUAUCAGAAAGGAGCUCAGCUGAUGGACCAGGAGCGACCCUCGGAAGCCAUCUCAGUGAUGUGUGACGCCAUAGACACCUUCCACUUGGUCGCCCGCCCACCUCACCGCGACACUCACCUCGCACAAGAAGCUCUGAGGUCGUGCUUCGCUGCUUUUGGAAAUAUACAUGUCAUUGCCACGGAAACUCCAGAGAAGACAGACGAAGCUUCCUAAAUACUACAUAUAUUUAGUAUGAACAAGAGAUUGUGGGCUCGAUAGGGCUAAGACAAGUAUUUUAGUGGUAUUUGUGUCUGGGUGGUGUUAUUUUGACAUGGCGUCGAGUCUGGACUCUGGUGUGAUUGUUGGGUAUUCAGUAUUGUUUCCCUGCUUGGUAAUAUGUGCCGAUUUAGUAUUGCUCCCAUGGAAUUUAUAUGUUAAUACUUACGUACAAGCUGCGUAUAGUUGUUCUACAGUUGUUAUAUUUUUAGUCGUUUGUCAACGUUUUUGGGUCAUCAGCCAUGUUUCCAAAAUUUGUUAUGUUUGAUGUUACUAUGUAAAACACAUGACGAUUUUUUGUUGGUACUUUUAUUAUUAAACAUGUAAUCCAA